CUGAGGCAAGAAAGGUCGUAAAAUGGGGCAAAACUCACUUAAUAAAUGUCUCACAUAACAACAGAAAUUUUGGGCUCAAUUGUGGUUGUAAGUUGAGGACUAUCUGUAUUUCCAAUUUGAAAAAAUGAUAACUUUGCUUUUGAAAAAUUCAUAUUAUAACCCAAUAAUAUUUAUUUAUAGAAACUAUAAUCUAGAUCUGUGUUUCUCAAUCUUUUUUUAAAAAAAAUUGGGGCCUUCUUCCAACCUUGUUUUUCUCCUGUAGUGCUACCAUCCAUACCUCAUCCUUUUCUCAUUAUCAGACACAGACAUAGGACAGCAUGUGUGUGUUUUCUGUGCAAUGUAAUAUUCUUUGCAUAUAUUAUCUGUGUUCACUCAGCAGACGUUGUGUUUCCCAAUGACAUAUUUUUUACUACUGGCCCUCUUGAAAUAUCUUAGGGUCCUCAGGGGCCCCUGCAUAUGAGAGAACUGCUGGUCUACAUUUAAACAGAGGGUUAAGGGUAAUCUAUAUGAUAAAAAAGAUCUUCAAGUGGGAGUCCAUAGAUCAGAGUGGGACAUCAACUCUACAGGAAGGCUAAUAUUACUUUUAUUGAGAAUCUUGCAAUGCUCUUUUUAUUUCCCCCACCCCCUCGAGUGAAUUAGGAAAGUAUCUGCCUGAGCAGAUUCCAAAUGUUAUCUCGUUUUGGACAUUAAAAAUGCUUCAACUUUUUUGCAUAGGAAAUGAUUUCUGCAAAUCUCUGCCAAUGUCAUUCUCCUUACACCAUAUACCAGUGUUUCUCAACCUAGGUUGCCAAGGUUGAGAAACAUUGCUAUAUACAGUAAUCUAGUCAUAUUUUCCAAUUAGCACCAUAUGUACAUUUGUUGCCUUAUUGUGCAGAUAGGUAACAAGCUAUGAAUAACAGUGUAGUAUUCUAUGCUUGGAUUUUUUACUAGCAUUGACUGUUUCAUCAGGAGCUGAAAAAUUGAUAAUAGCUUUUAAGCCUAACGUCCAGCCCUGAAGACAGGAGACUUAGUUUGAAAAAUUAACAUUCAAAAUGCUCAGUGCCUAAUGUUUAUUUACACUGUGCAAAUGUAAUAUGAAAACAUGCUAAAAAUUGUGAUGGGCAACAGAUUCAACCAGUAUUUGAUUUUUUUUUUAAAAAAGUACCGUUAUAUUUAAUACAAGUGCUUAUUAAAAACUAGAAAGGGCAUAGCAGGCGCUGUCUUAGAAAACACAUCUUCUUUUCUUUCAAAUGGAGGGAAUACAAAUUGAUUUAUCGUCAAGCAUAUAUAUUUGAAUUUAUUUGUUGCAGUUUUUAUUUAAUGUUAAUAUUAUCAAUAUAUUAUUUACUACAUAUGUGCAUUAUCUGUAGAAAAAAUCCUGCUUCUUGCUUUAGAAAUAUCUUUGAAUUGAAGCUUAAUAAGGCCUAAUCGUAUCUUUUUCUUCCUUCCCUUGCAUCCCAUUAAAAGUUGUUCAGUACUGGAUGAUUUGGUCUGUAGCGCUGGGAUAUAUGAUUGUUUGCCUUGGCUCUGUUUUUUGUUUUCUAACGCUCCGGCAAGAGAAUUAAUGGAGAAUAAAUGGAUGAAGAAGAAGUUUUGAUCCACUUUUGACUCUUUCCCUGAACGUUGCAUGCAGCCGCCCAAUUUAUUUUUCCUGGAAUAUGAAAUCUUCAGUCAAUCGAGCUCGCAGAAAACAAAAGAAGUUGAUGAGUCAUAAUGGGAGAAGAUAUUUUUAUGCCAAACGGAACAAAAGAUCUAAUAGGAUUAUGGUAUGCCCAGGAAAUGAUGAUGUCACAGAGCAAGUGGAUGCUUAUGAAAAUGUGCGGCCAGAUGUGGGUGCACAACGUGGUCAAAAGUUACUGCAGAAAGGAAAAAUCUUGCCCAAUACCCUCAAGAUGGAAGAUGAAGAAGAAUAUGAAUGCCCUGAUAGUGAAACCGAGUUGAAGUCAGAUGAUGAUGAACAUUAUGAAAAUGCUCAAGAAGAAGUGAAAUCAGGAGAUGUAACUUUGAAUGAUGUGCUCAUUUAUGAAAAUAAGAAGGACAAGGUGAAGUUUGAUCUUCGCAAUGGGAACUUAGAUGACUCAUGGUAUUCCAACAAAACUGAACAGAUCCUUGAGAAUUUGACUCAAGACCAAGACCCCAUUGUUGAAGACAAUGAAAACUAUAUAAAUUUGGAAGAAGAGUGUCCUAUGAAUUCUGGUACAGCACGACUCAUUGCAGAUUUACGCUUACAGCUGGCCCUGGAUAUCCAUAAAGACAGGCAGGAUGGAGGCAGUGAACCUUCUACGGGGUCUCAAUCCUAUGAAGAGAUGAAUGGAUCCUUAUGCCCCACUGCAAGCAAGCUGUUUCAUCUGCAUACCAACACAAGCAAUGAAGAGGAUGCCGACUCCUAUGAAAAUAUGGAAAGCCCCACAAGCCUCAACUCACGGAGAGAAGGCAUCUUGGAUCCACAUGGAGAAAGUUCUCCCUCUGGCUCCAGAUGGCAACAUAUCUCUGUUACUUUUGGGGGUGAUCUCAGAGGUGGGCUGCUGUGCUCAGACUAGGAUUGCCACAGCACGAGAGCAAGCUGGGAGCAGUUCCUUUCUUCUCUAAAUUAAAGAUAUGUCUACCCAGAAUUCUACUCUAUUGUCCCAGAAGAUGAGGAAUGUUGAAUGUGUUAUAUAUCAGACCUUUUACAAGAGAAGAAAACUUUGAGAGAUUAGACUUGUGUCUGAUGUCUAGCAGUUGGAGCAGUGAAGAAUGGCAGAGGGAUUUUUGAAGGAGGUGUGGCUAGAGACAUGCAUUUUUCAAUUGCUCAGAGAUUCUGAAAAUGUUUCUUUUGUUUCACAAUUACUUCCAAGCAAAUGUGGACAUUUAAAAAAAAAGCUGUUUAUGGAUCUGAUGAAUCAACCUGUGGCAGAUGGAUAAUAGUACCCAGAGAAUCAAGCUCUGGAACAACGAACUGGCUUGCUGAUUUAUUAGUUCUUAUGAUAAGCAUGAAACCACCUUGUCUUCGUUUAAGACUGUGUUGAUUGGUGUGCGCGACAAUGACAAAACCACCCUUCGUUUUCAGAAAAUGAAGCAGCAUUUCAAGCAAGAAGCAUAAGAUUAUAAAUGCUCUUUCAACAAAGUGAUCAGUAAAUACUUUGCUACAUAAUUGUUUUAAUUGGAAAAGAUAUUCCAUAUCUUAUCUUUUGAUAAGCCUAUAUCUACAAGGAUCAGAAUGGGAUCUCCUCUGUGAUAGUCUAGGAAAGUGAAAGUUGGACUUUUAAAAAACAGGAUAGGAAGAGAUGUUUUGGGGAUAGUUGUGUUGAAAAAGACUCCUGAGAAUAUUGUGGAUAGCCAGGAAAACAAACAAAUGGGUCAUUGAACAUAUCAAUCCAGAAGUCUCACUUAAUGCACAAAUGACCAGACUCAAAUUAUUCUACUUUGGACAUACUAUAUGAAGAUCUGGCUCUCUGAAGAAGGCUGUAAUACUAGCAAAGUUGGAAAGAAACAGGACGAUGAUCAGGAGCAAGGUGGAUGGACUUAAAGUGGUGAUGGGUUCAUCAAUGGAAGACUAAAGGAAUGGGUUAGGGACAGAUCUUCAUAGAGAAAUUCAUCUGCAUGGAUUCUAAGUCAAACCAACUUGAUGGCAUAUAAUCAAAUCCAUUUUUUAAAGGCAAAAUCUGUUAGGGAUUUUGGUGAAGGGUAAGAAACUACAGUCAUUAGAUAUGUAUGUAUCAAGAAAAGCAAGAACCUGGGGAGGAGAGAGGGGAAGAACACGUUACGGCCAUAGAGAAAAAAAAUUGGUUUCUAUAAAGAGAUGUGUUCCUGUGUAUCUAUCAAAAAAGGACACAUUUGGUUGGGUUGAGACAUUCUAUUCAGCCAUAAUUUAAUGAAGAUCUACAAUAAUAAUGCUAAGCUAUAAACGAUUAUCUGCAUUCAUUCAGUAACAUUCAUACAGUAUGUUAUAAUACAUCAACAUCAGAUAUAUUCCAUUAUAACCUAGCACAGUGUAAGGGCUGUGGGUUAUCUCCUGGCUAUAUAAAAAGGUUCUCACUGAGGUUAACAAACUGGGAAAAAUUGUCCCAAUAUAUUAUUGUUCUUAUUUUUCUUGUUCUGUUUUAUCAGGUCCUAUAUCCUGUAAAAUAAAAUAUUCUAUAUUGUA